GGCGGAGCCGCCUACGGCGGCCUCCUCCCCGGGCGCGGCGUUCACAUCCUUCUCUGCCCGGCUCCCGAGCACGUCGGACGCGGAGCUGCACCAGCCGCAUGGGUGUCCUCUCAGAACUGAAACUCACUGUGCCUUGGGGCCACAUUGCUGCCAAGGUCUGGGGCUCCUUGCAGGGGCCCCCCGUGCUCUGCCUCCAUGGAUGGCUGGACAACGCCAACUCCUUCGACAAGCUCAUCCCUCUUCUUCCUCAAACCUUCUAUUAUGUCGCCAUGGAUUUUGGGGGCCACGGCUUCUCCUCCCAUCAUCACCCCGGAUUCACGUACCACCAGCAUGACUUUGUGAAUGAGGUGCGCCGAGUGGCAGCAGCCCUAAACUGGAAGCGCUUCUCCCUCCUGGCGCACAGUUUUGGCGGCGUUGUGGGGGGCAUGUUCUCCUGCACCUUCCCCGAGAUGGUGGAUAAACUCAUCCUGUUGGACAGCACUCCCUUCUUUUUGGACUCUCUGGAGAAGGAGAACAUCCUGACUUACAAACGGUACAACAUCGAUCACGUGAUGGAGAUGGAAACCAAGCAGCACAAGCCCCCCAAGGUUGUCAGCCCCCAGGAGAUGCUGCAGAGCUUUCUGAAGAACAACAUCCAGGUGGGUGAGGAGUGCGGGAAGCUCUUGCUGGAGAGAGGAACCACCAAGGUGGCAGAAGGUUUGGUGCUGAACCGGGACCGGAGGCUGGGUUUGCCAGGGAACAACUUUGAGUUCAUUACCAAGGAGCAGCUGGAGUAUUUCUGCCAGAAGAUCCAGGCCAGAGUCCUCAUGUUGAAGGCCUCCCAGGGAUUCAGUUACUUUAGGCUACUCAGAAAAGGAGAAAACCCAAGAUCCAUGGAGACCGUUGUAAACGUUUUAAAGUCGACCCUGCAGGAGCGCUACAAGUUUGUGGAGGUCAUGGGCAGCCAUUAUGUCCACAUGCAGGAGCCCCACAAGGUGGCCGGGGUCAUCAGCGAUUUCUUAGAAAGCAAUGAGGACUUACAGUCCCAUCUGUAGCCCCUAUCCUGGCCCAGAAGACCAGCUCUGCCCAGCACCGAGGGUGCCCAGCCCCUGCCCCCACCCCCUUCUGGGACCUCUCUGGGAAGGCCCGGGGCAGCCUUCCAUGACUUGCCAAAUAAAAUCUCUUCCUCCUC